AUGGGUUACUCAAGUACUCAGGUCAUCGCACUGGGCGCCGUUUGCGGUGCACUGCCCAUUCCUUUCGUUGCCCUGCGAUUCUACUCCCGUACUCUAACGCCGGCUGGAUUCAAAAUCGACGACUGGCUCAUCCUACCCGCCUUGGAAGCUGACAUCUUAGAGUUGCUGACUGUCGGGAUGGGAGCUGCUCUUAUAAUAGACGGCGUACUAGGAGAAUUGGGUACUCACCAGAGCAAACAAUACGGCCCGGAUAGCCAACCGGUCAUGCACGACGCCCUGAAAAUCUACGAGCAAGUGAAAUUCACCAUCCAGCUCUCCAACAUCGCCGCCGUCGGCCUGUGCAAGCUCUCCCUCCUCUUCCUCUUCCGCCGCAUCUUCUCUACCCAACCGUUCAAACGCGUCGUCGAUGUCUCCAUCGCCAUCGCCACCGCCUGGCUCCUCGGCUUCUGGCUCGCGAGCCUCUUCCAAUGCACGCCCGUCAAUACUAUCUGGACGCGCUGGGAGCGGGAGUACGCGCAAUAUUGCUUCGACGUCGUCAAGUUCUACUGGGCCAUCGGGGUCACCGACGCCGUGACCGACCUCUUGAUCAUGGUUCUGCCGAUCCCGAUGAUCUGGAAGCUGCAGAUGCCGAUCAAGCAGCGUGUUGCCGUCGGCGGCAUGUUCCUGGCGGGCUCGCUCGUCAUUGCAGCGUCGGUCGCGCGCCUCGUCAUCUUCCUGCAAGUCGGCGCGAAGAUGGAACUCUACAUCGACGACGUUACCUACCACACCACCCCCGUCUUCUACUGGUCCGCCAUCGAAGGCGCCCUCGCCUGCAUCUCCGUCUGCCUCCCCACCCUCCGCCCCGCCCUUCUCCGCCUCUUCCCCGCCCUCGUAUCCGGCUUCACCACCAACCACUCCCCCUCCCCCUCCGCCCGCUGGUCCUGGAUCGUCUCCCGCAUCGGCACCCGCCCCGCCGGCGCCCGCCCCUUCGACCCCGAGCUUGGCGACCCCGCAUUCGGGAACGUUGUCACCAUCUCCGCCGCCCAGCCGAUGUCGGAGUGUCCUGUGAAGUUUUCGAAGUCACAGGGGCGCGAGCAGCGCGGUGGCGGGCAGGAGUUGAUGUUUGGUGACGGGGGGAGGCGGGGGUCGGUGCCGGUGCGGCCGGGGGAGCUGUCGAGGGCGAUUAUGGUGAAGAUGGAGGUGUCGCAUGAGCGAGAGGGGCCGGAGUCGGAGGAUGAGAAGUCAGAUGUGUCGAGCGAGAAGGAUUUGGAGUCGCUUUGA